UUUUUAUUCCCUCACGAGUUGGAGGCGAAACACACUCACUCACUCACUCAAGCUUUUCUUCUGGCCGCCUUACCCCCCUCUGUCGGCGCUUUCUUGCCUCACCAUAUCUCCUUUGCGCUGUUCGUGCCUGUCAAGGGCACAUCAUCUCUAUUUUUAUUUUUAUUUUUGAUGAGCUGGCAAGUCUUUGCUGGGUUCGUCAAAUUGGUUGGCCGCUGCCCAACCAUCAGGUUCAACAGCCUGUCUCAUUUGAAUCCAGCGCUCGUGUGGUUGAUAAUAUCCUAUACACCCCCUUUUUUUUAACACUACAUCGCCUGGAGGGAGCUCACAAGCCCCAGCUCGAGCUACUCAAGCACAUCCAUGGCAAGCCAACCUUUGGUGCAUUCGGAAGAGCCCCUCUCACAGCUCCAUUCCAUUUUUCCAUCGAGGUGGGGGGGGUCUGGCUUGCUGUCCACCGGCUAGUCCAUUUACAAAUCCCCGUCAUUUAACAUGCCCUUUUGGGAGAGCUGCUUUUGAUUCCUGUCGCCGGCGCGCAUAGUUAACCAGGCGUCUAGUUCCUGGAGUUCAACUCGGAACCUAAUGGAAAGCGCCAGGCAGCGGCCCGUUCCAUCAGCCUCUCCUCCUAGGAGGAUCAAUGGGCUCUCUCCAUGUCAUGUCGCUCCAAAGCUGGCUCGAUGAUUGCCAGAGGUGGUGUGGUGUGUAGGAAGGAGAAAUGUGGACGUUAACGAUACACACUCGUCACCUUGACUCAAUCUUGCAUAAGACUAUCCUCUUUGGACUGACUGGUUGGGCUCCGGUGCGGUUCUUGCAGUAAAUAAUGAACUUUAUAGAAGUUCAUUGAUGUGGUUUGCCAUCCCUCCUCUCCGCUCCUCCCCAAUUCCUUUAUAUUAGAGCUAUCGGUUCUCCUCCUCCUCUCCUCCUCGGUUUUUUUAUCCUUCAAAAUACCUAAAAAAGAAAAAAAGUUUUUCUUUCUCUUUUGUGUUUAGAAAAUACUUUUUUGAUUCCCUCGCUUCAAAUAUAUUAAUAUAUUUGUUUCCUCUUCAAAUUGGUUUUACAUUUUGCCUACUUCUUGUCACCUGUUUAUAUAACGACUCAAACCUCACGGAUACCAUUAUCGUUCCGAUCUAGCUCAUUGCACCAGAAUUUCCCUUCUACCUUCUCACCCUCUUUCAGAAACAAGAGUUCAAUAAUGGCUAGCCUCGCCACCGCCAAUACUGCUCCCCGCACCAAUGGCGUUCAACGUAUUACAUGGCAGGAGAAGCUUCAAGGUCCGACAAUGUCCUUGACAAUUGAAAGAAACCCUCCCACAUUGUUCAAGUACUAAAAAUCCUCCGAAGAACACUGCAGGAUAAGCCAAAUGCAGGCUCCAGUUUUCAACCUUAUGUCCGAUCGUCGAGGCGGCCGCACCGCAUGGUCUAGCACCGUCACAAUUCAGGGCACCAGCUUUGCUGCCCGCUAUUUCUACGACGGCCAGAAUACCAACAACGCCAAAGAGGAUGCGGCAGAAGUCGCUCUUACGGCCCUACGCUCCCAGAGCGCUCCCUCCACCACUACAUUUGCGGGGCAGUUUAGUACUCGUUUGCCGCUAUUUUCUUUUGGCUCACAAUGGAACACGAAAUUCUAGUGCCCGGGUUGCUUGCAAAACAACUUCGCACGCUUUUUUUUUUUUGGAGGAUUACUUUGGGUUAUCUAUAUAUAUCCUUGUUCAUCUUGCACGUACAUGGCCCCCCCGUUUCAUUCUCUCUAGGCUCGUUUUCCUAACUCACAGUAUUGGACCCCCUUUUUUCCCAUAUCUAUAUCCUGUUUUAAACCAAUUUUCUUUUCUUCUCUGGCUUGCCUCUUGCUCGCUGAAUUCGAUUCUGAUACAACUUACUUCCCGAAGCCUACCAUGUAUUUUUUUACAGGCUAAAUUUUGUUCUGACUUCUGCCUUCUUUCCAUCCAUAUAUGCACACGCUCGCAACGCCGUUUUUACCAUUUCUUCCGUUUUUCUUUCUUUCUUCUUAUUCCUCUCUCUCUCUCUCUCUCUCUCUCUCUCUCUCUUUUU